CAUGUGUAAAAUGCGUAUCGCUUGCACAACACGCGAAGCGUUCUGUGUGGGACUAAUAUUAAGUUACAGUGGCAGUGCAGUGUAUUAGAACUAUACGAGCUCAGAGAAAAUGGCCCAGAAAAUUGGAGAUUUGCUUGGAAGGCUAGCUAAAGGACCCGCAGGACUUGGGAAAGGAGUUCAAUUCCUCAUUGGUGCUGCAGCAGUAGGAUAUGGAGUCAAAGAAUCAAUUUACAAUGUUGAUGGUGGUCACAGAUCUGUGAUAUUUAGCAGGAUUGGUGGAGUCCAGGAUGCAGUGUAUGCUGAAGGUCUUCAUUUCAGAAUUCCUUGGUUCCAGUGGCCCACCAUCUUUGACAUCAGAGCUAAGCCAAGGAGGAUAUCAUCACCUACCGGAAGCAAAGAUUUGCAGAUGGUGAACAUCACACUGCGUGUCCUCUUCAGACCAGUCGCCGCUGAUCUUCCCAAGAUCCUACAGCAACUUGGCACAGAUUAUGACGAGAGGGUACUGCCCUCUAUCUGUAACGAGGUGCUCAAGGGCGUGGUCGCAAAGUUCAACGCGUCACAGCUGAUCACACAACGUCAGCAGGUGAGUUUGAUGAUCAGGAAGCAGCUGACCGACAGAGCCAGUGAUUUUGGCCUCAUCCUGGAUGAUGUAUCUAUCACUGAACUCAGCUUUGGUGCCGACUAUACAGCAGCGGUAGAGUCUAAGCAGGUAGCCCAGCAGGAGGCACAGAGGGCCAUGUUCCUGGUCGAGAGGGCCGUCCAAGAGAGACAACAGAAGGUCGUCCAGGCAGAAGGAGAGGCAGAAUCUGCCGUAAUGUUGGGAGAGGCCAUCUCAUCAAACCCUGGCUACCUUCAACUGAGGAAGAUCAGAGCAGCACAGAGUAUUGCCAGAACGAUUGCCAACUCUCAGAAUCGUGUGUACCUCAACGCUGGCAGUCUCCUACUCAACCUCACAGAUAAGGACUUUGCUAUCAUUGCUCUGGACAAGAAGUGAUGAUAUUCAACUAAAUUCUAUAUAUAUAUAUGUCGCUUGGGAUGUUGAUAUUCACAACGUGUAAGUGAUAUUAAACAUGCAACCACUAUACCAUCAUUCGAUUAACUUUUGAUAUAAACAUCAUGGCAUUGUUUCAUGAAACUUUCGUAAGUAUACAUGUAAGUUCGCUGACAAGCCAUAGCAAAGAAAGUGUGUUUUAUUAUUAAUGUGCAUUUCAUUGGGAUGUCUGUGAACUUGUACUUAUGACAGUUUCAUGAAACAAUUCUCAGAUUUGAAUCAUUCAACUUAAUUUAAAAGUAAAAAAAAUGGAGACCAUGUUCCCAUCUGCUAUAACUGUUUUACUUGCCCCUUUUCCUUCAAAUUAAUCUUAAUUUGAUUCAGAGAUCAAACUUGUAUUUGAUGUUUGAAAAAAUAAUAAUAAUAUUCAGUUCUUGUAUAGCGCAUAUCACAUAACGUCCCGUUGGGCUUCUAAAGAGCUUUGUAAAUGAUUACCCUAGCUUUAGCUUGCUUGUGUAUUUUAAUAAUCAUUUACCCCAAGGCCUGUCUUUUAUACAGUACAGUGUAGUUCGAUUUAUCAGUAAAAUGUAGUCCACAGGAGCCAUCAGAGAUAAUUCCCCUCCCGCGUAAAUAUCGAAAACAUGUAAUUUGCUGUUGAUCCUUCAACUUUCAUAAAUGAGAAUGUUAUAAGGCUUUACUUAGUACCUGGCUUUCCAACUUGAGACAAUCUAAGCUAGCAUUGUCUGAUCAUGUAUUCAUUAUGAUGCGAAACCAUCUGUGGCAAAUGCGGAUGCAAAGGCUUUAAAUUUCGCAAGUUUUUUUUGGAUUGAAUUAGUUUGGUGCAUGUAUUACUCCUUUCACAAGGAAAGUAUAUCUUACCAUUGACAGAUAAUGAUUUCAUUAUGUUUUUGUUACUGUAGAUUAGCAGCAUAUGCAUCAUAACAUUAUAAGCUGUCACUUAAAACAAUGAAAGAAAAACGUUCAUUCAAGUAAUUUUUCCUCAUAUACGCACUGUAUUAUUACAAGAUCUUUUCAAAUGUUUUGAAAGGAAUUUAAAGGUUUUGCAUUAGAUGAUCAAAGUAUUUUAUGAAUCUUUAUAAAGUUCCUUUGAAAAAUAUUCUGUAAGUAUCUCUUUUCUAGAUAUCUUACGACAUGACAGAACCCUUCAGAUUAUGAAUUUUUGACCAAAAUAUUGAGCAGAUUUUCUUGUUCUAUCAUUGUUUUCUGAUGUGAAUGAUCAUUGUAUGUCUAUCAAACUAUGGAGUUUGAUAAAGGACUAUAUAAUGUGUGAAUGUUUGAGAUUUUUCAUGAAGAAAUACAAACUAUUAUGACAUGAUUCCUAGCA